GGUUUCAGGUUUUGCUCCAACAAUCUCUUUUACCGCCUCCUUGUCAGUACGAUACCCUCGUGAUGAAAAGAAAAGAGCGCGUUCAUUUAGAAGAUCUGGCAUAUGAGGCGUCUUCCUCAUGGACCUUUCCACGUGUAGAUGAUUAUGAAGGCGGAACCAAAAAGCCUAAAGGAAAUGACUACGAAGUUUUCUUGAGCUUUAGAGGGAAAGACACUCGCAAAGGUUUUGCCGAUUAUCUCUAUACUAGCCUUGAUGAUGCAGGAAUUUGCGUGUUCAGAGACGACAAUGAGCUUCAAGUUGGUGAGGAGAUUGGUCCGGAGCUUCUCUACAGUAUUACGCAGUCUAAGAUCUCGAUCCCAAUUAUCUCAAAGAACUAUGCUUCUAGCAAGUGGUGCUUGCACGAGCUAGCUCAAAUGUUAAAAUGCAAAAGAAGCAGAGGGCAAAUAGUGUUGCCCAUAUUUUACAAAGUGAAACCCUCGCAAGUACGACAUCUUACAGGGAGAUUCGGAGAUGCUAUCAAUCAACAUAAAGAGAAUUUGGAUGAAAGGGUUGUGAAGGAUUGGGAAGAAGCGCUCCAAAAAGUCAGUUUAUUGAAAGGAUGGGAAUCAGAGAAAAUUGAUAACGGGUAA